AUGCGCGCGUACGGUGCCGAACGCCGUAGGAAACACCGUCACGCCUACUCACGCAAAGAUACUGCACGCCGCGCUCACUCGAAAGGCGAGAGAAGUGAAGUGGAAUGUGUGCUCCUGCGCAGCGACGCCGGAAAACCAACUUUGUAUGGCAGCCUAACUUGUCAAGGAAUUGGUCUAGAUGGCAUCCCAGAAGUUACAGCUUCAGAAGACUUUAUUGUGAAUGAAGUAAACAAGAAGAGUGUUCAUAUUUCAUGUAUAAAGGAAAAUGCAUCUGCUAAGUUUUUGGCACCAUAUACCUCCUUUUCCAGAAUUCAUGCAAAGAGUAGAGUGUUGGAAGGACAUGUAUUUGAUGUGAAUUGUUGCAGGUUUUUCCCAUCAGGCCUCGUGGUUCUGAGUGGGGGAAUGGAUGCCCAGUUGAAGAUCUGGUCAGCUGAAGAUGCUAGCUGUGUGGUAACCUUCAAAGGUCACAAAGGAGGUGUCUUGGAUACAGCCAUUGUUGAAAGGGGAAGGAAUGUGGUAUCUGGUUCUCGAGAUGGGACAGCACGACUUUGGGAUUGUGGGCGCUCAGCCUGUCUGGGAAUCAUUGCAGACUGUGGUUCUUCGGUCAAUGGAGUGGCUGUGGGUGCUGCUGACAACUCCAUAAACCUUGGCUCUCCUGAGCAUAUGCCCAGUGAACGGGAGGUUGGAACAGAGGCGAAAAUGCUGCUGUUGGCCCGAGAAGAUAAGAAGCUUCAGUGCCUGGGACUGCAGAGCAGGCAGCCGGUGUUCCUCUUCAUUGGCUCAGAUGCCUUCAACUGCUGUACUUUUCUUUCUGGCUUCUCACUAUUGGCUGGGACACAGGAUGGAAACAUUUAUCAGUUGGAUGUGAGGAAUCCAAGGACUCCAGUACAAGUUAUCCACAGAUCAGGAGCACCAGUUCUCUCCCUGCUGAGUUUUAGAGAUGGAUUCAUUGCUAGUCAAGGUGAUGGAAGCUGUUUCAUUGUCCAGCAAGAUUUAGACUAUGUCAUUGAGCUCACUGGGCCUGACUGUGACCCUGUAUACAAGGUAGCCACAUGGGAGAAGCAGAUCUACACUUCCUGUCGAGAUGGUCUUGUGCGACGCUAUCAGCUUUCUGACCUUUGA